AUGAAUGCUCCUGUAAGAUUACCGUCGGCAGUUUCAUCUCUCGAUCAUAAUUUAACAUUACCAUUAUUAAAUCAUUCAUCAAUUUAUCCAACGGAACCAAUUAAUAAUUGUAGUGUUGCAUUACAAUAUAGCAUUGUUGAGCAAAUUAUUUAUCUCUAUUUAAUGUCACCAUUAUGUGUUAUUGGCCUUAUAUUAAACGUAAUUAAUUUAAUUAUAUUUUCUGAUCGUUCAUUUAAAAAUUUAACAUUUAAAUAUUUACGUCUUAUUGCGUUUGUCGAUUGUAUAACAAGCACACUAGUAUUUAUCUAUUGCGUUACAAAUUAUACUCGGCCACGUACCUUCAAUGAUAAAUACUUUCGUGUAUGGUACUUAGUUAAUGUCUAUUUUCCAUUAGCUAAUAUCACAGCUGGAUGUAAUGUUUUGCUAACAAUAACCGUAACUAUUGAGAGACUUGUCAGCAUACGUUGGCCUAUGUCAAAACAAAAACUGUUUAGCCAAAAUAAUGUGUUACUGACAUUGAUCAUAUGUUUUUUAUUUCCGAUCGUUGCUAAUUCAGUUAAUUUUCUUGUUUACAAAGUUGGUGAAUGUAAUAAUCUUGAUGGAACAAAGAUAGCACGUACAGAAGCGUAUAAAUAUUUUGGUAUAUUCAAAGAAAUUCUAUUACGUUUUAUUCCAAUAUGUAUACUUGUAUGUUCAAAUUGUCUUUUAUUGUCGACUGUACAUGCAGCUAAUAAAAAAUUUAUACCAUCGAAAAAUGCUCGACAAUCUGCAACGGAAGCAUCGAUAACGGUAUCACUUCAACCAUUGUCAAAUGGUUUGGAUACAAAACCAAUUAAUAAAUAUAUAUCUGAAUCUCAAUCACAAACUGAUACACGUUCACCAAUACUACCGGAGUCAACAACAAAUGGAGACGAACGAAAAACAUCUGUACCAGUCGCAUCAAAAACGAAAAUGCAAAUAAGAAAGCAACAACAAGAAAAACAAUUAACUAUAAUGCUCGUUUGGAUAUCGACACUUUAUUUAUGUGGACAAAUUCCAAUGUUAUUUGCCUAUCCAAAUUUCGUUUUUAAAGACACAAAUAAACCAGCGUAUAAACAUUAUGCAUUAGUUGUUAAUCUGCUUGAACUAGUAACGUAUUUGGCAAAUUUUUGUAUUUAUAUUAAAUUUACAACACAAUUUCGACAAGUUUUUCGCACUAAAGUCAAACAACUGUUUUUUUGUUUUUUCAAAACUGCCUAA